UCUGAUUAGAAACAGGCUACGAAGUGGGUUACGUGAAUGCUUUUAAUCGGACAGCAAACAGUUGAACAUUAGCACUAAAUAAUGAGAAAAUUCGCAAAAUAUUGGCGAGAUUCGGCUAGUCUGUUGAUUCUGGCCCGGGACGGCAAUCGAGUGGCUACCAAAAACGAGUAUAACUAUAAGGUACUGGUAUUCAAGCGAACCGAGAAGACGUCGUUUAUGCCCAAUAGUAUUGUGUUUCCCGGUGGAGCGUUCGAUAAGCAAGAUGAAAAUCCCCAGUGGAAUGGAGUUUUCUCGCGGAAAGGAGUUUCGAGAGAACUGUUGCAAAAUUUAACCGAAGUUUCCGGUCCGAGACCGUUCAUUUUCGAAAAUGAUAGUGCAGAAGUGCUAGAUAGGAACAUCUCACUUCGGCUAGCGGCGCUCAGGGAAGCAUUCGAAGAGCUGGGAGUGCUAUUGGGGCAGAAGCCAGGUCAAGUAGGGCUGAACGCAACAGGUUACAGCAGUGCCGUGGGAGAUUUCGAUAUUCCCUCUCAUCAAAAAGGUGUCCACGAUAGUGAAACGACCUUUAUGGAGCUGUGCAACAAGCUGGGCAUCGUUCCGGACGUCCUCAACAUGUACGAAUGGUCCGUCUGGUUGACUCCGGCAAUGUUCCGAAAGCGAAGGUUCGAAACGGCAUUCUACCUUGUGGCACUGAAUGAGAAACCUGCGGUUCAUGCAGAACCCCAUGAAGUGCAUGAAUACAUGUGGGACACUCCUGCCGGAUUGCUGAAAGCGCAUCGUGAGGAAAAGCUGUGGCUCGCUCCACCGCAGUGCUACGAACUGACCAGACUGGCUCACCUGUACGAUAUCGACGAAAUUGUUCGCUUUGCCAAGGAGAGGAAUCACAAGGGAAGUGAACUGUUUUGCCCCGUUCAGUUCAAGUGUACGGAUGCGGCCGUGUUUCUGCUGCCGGGCGAUGAUCUUUAUCCGAAGGACUAUGACUACAUCACGUUGCAUGAUUUUGAAACUCACAAGGACCUCUCGGCGGAGCAGCUACGGCAGAUGGCGAAAAAUUGGCAUCGGACGGAACAUACGGGACUGCAUGCACAGAAGUACUAUCAGAACGUUGCCCCAUUAAAUGGUCAUCUGAGUCUUGACGGUGAAAAUAAGCAUUUAUCGAAGUUGUAAAGGGAGAAUUGGCGAUUGCAUGUAUCGACGCAUCUUGUGGUUAAGGAUUUGUUAUAGGUAGUACAUUUUUAAUAUGCUCAAUAUAUGUUUGAAACAACUUGUUUACCUUGACUUGGAAAAUUAAACACCUAUUUGGCAAGGAAGGAGCGUUCGGAUCACAUCCAUUGCAGUCUUCUACGGUUAACCUAGAUACUUUUAAUAUGUUCAGGAUUCAUGAAAAGCUCAGGAUUUUGCUGCAACACAAACACUGCCUUGCAGGUCAAUCAUUGUAGAUAAUAAAUAAACUACCGUGUAGAAGAUUCAUA